AUGACAAUGUUUAAGGAUGAUGAAAAUAAUUUUAAUUAUAAUAAAGAAUAUGAAAAAGUUAAGAAAAGAACAUUAUUCAAAAUAUUAUUGUCUGUAUUUAUUAAAACGUUAUUUGAAUCAUUUUUACAACCAUUAUUACCAUUUUAUAUAUUAAAUUAUUAUGAUAUAGAAGUAAAAGAAUUAGGCAUUUUAUUGAGUUUUUAUUCAUUUUCACAAUGUGUGAUGUGUUUAAUAAUUGGAUUAUUUUCUUCAAUUAAUAGAAAGCAUUUGUUAGUAUUUUUAUUAAUGUUUAAUUUGGUUGGUAUAUAUUUAUUUUACAUGAAAUUAAAUUUUACAUUACUUAUAAUUAAUCGUAUUAUAUGUGGAAGUAGUUCUGUAUUUAUAGUUGUUGUUAAUACAAUAAUAAAUGAUUUAGUUGAUAAUAAUGUAUGUAUAUAUUAUACAUAUAUUAAUAUAUUUAAUGCUAUAGGAAUUAUAUUAGGCCCAUUAUUAUCUUCCUUUUUUUUAACAAUAUUUAACUUUCAAAUUAUACUAAAUUUUAAUACCUUUGGAUUAUUAGUCUCUUUAUGUAUAGUUUUAACCAUAUCUAGCGAUUUACUAGUACAGAACAAAAUAAAAAAUCAACCAACAGAAUCAACUUUACAUUCGAACUUACCACAAACUAAUGAAGAAAAGAAAAACAUCACUAACAACAAUAAUUUUAAUAGUAAUAAGAAGAAUAUAAAUAAUAGUAAUAAUAUAAAUAACAAUAAUAAUAAUAUUAACAAUGUUGAUGAUAUAAAACAUGAUGAAGAUAGCGAACGAAAUACAAAAGCAUUUAAUGAAGAAAAUAAAACCGAAGAUAACCAUUCCAUUUUACAAAUAAAAAGUACAGAACAUUUAAGAAGCAAUGAUUUUAUUAUAUCAAGUUAUAAUGAGGAAGAACAUAAUACAAAUAAUUAUAUUGUUAAUAAAAAUGAAAAAAAUUCGUCUGAUGGUAUUUUUAAUAAUGAUAAAAUAUUUAAAUAUUAUAGUGAAGAAUUUUCUGAAAUAUCAUCAUAUCAACAAUAUUUAAAAACUAAAGAUAACUAUUAUAUUUCAAGGUUUAUUUAUUUUUUAAAACAAAAAUUGAACUUAUUAAUAAAAGCUAUGUUUACAUAUAAAUUUAAAUGUCUCUUAUCUAUAUGCUUCUUUAGAUUCACUUCAGCAUUUGCUUCUAAUUUGAUGAGUAACAUUUUUUUCGUCUUUUACAAUGACAAUGUUUCAUCAGAUAAUAAGCAAAUUCAGAUAAGCAUUUUUGUAUCACUUAGUGGAAUAAUUAUGAUAUUCUAUCAGUACUUUUCUUUUUCAUAUAUUGUUAAUAACUUUGGAUAUAAUGGAACAGCCAUUAUUGGAUUACUUAUACAGAGCACAGGAAUAUUACUAACAUACUACACCAUAAAAUAUUAUUCCUUAAUUUUUCAAUAUAUUAGUAUUUGCUUCAUACAUUCUUGUUCUUAUGCCUAUAUAGAACCAAUAAUUCCUACCAUCAUAUCCUUAUUCUUUGAUAAAAAAGACCAAUUAUUUUCUCAAAGUUUUGUAUCCUUUUUCAGAUAUUUAUCUUUAACUAUAUCGCCUAUUGUCUACAGUUAUUACUAUAUAGAAAAUCAGCUGUAUCCUUUCUCCAUAUCUUCAAGUAUGUCUCUUUUAUCUAUUUUUUUUGUUAUUAUGUCUUUUAAAUUUCAUAACAAGAUGAAAAAUUCUAUUACUAAUUAA